CUCCGUCGUCUUCUUCUGGUGGUGGAAAGCCCUAAUUACUGCGAUUGCUGAUGGACCUUGGAAAGAAGGCUGCACCGGUGCCCCGCUCCGCAGUCGGACACGCUCAGCCCCCGCCGGACAGAGCGAGCGCUCGCCCGCCGCCCCCCGCCAGCUCCGCGGCUCGGGAGGAGACCGCCCGGCUCCUGCCAGCCAGGAUUUUACUUUCGCCUCGCCCUUUCCCCCUCCUGCUCCGCUUGGAUUACUUUGCUGCUCUCGCUCGGUGAUCCCGCGGCGAUGGAGAAAUCCACUGCAGUAUUAAUCCAAGGAGGUGCUUUGGGGACAGUUGGCAGUACAAUGGCUUCUCAGUACCUCGUAGUGGCUCUGGCCGUUUUCUCCUCUUUCGCCCAGGUUGUGAUAGAAGCCAGCUCUUGGUGGUCUUUAGGGAUGAACCCUAUGAACCCCAUGAACCCUGUUCAGAUGUCAGAGGUGUAUAUAAUAGGAGCCCAGCCACUAUGUAGCCAGCUAGCAGGGCUUUCCCAAGGACAGAAGAAACUCUGCCAAUUGUAUCAGGACCAUAUGCAGUUCAUUGGAGAGGGUGCAAAGACGGGCAUUAAGGAGUGCCAGUAUCAGUUCAGACAUAGAAGAUGGAAUUGCAGCACUGUGGACAACAACUCUGUUUUUGGCAGAGUCAUGCAGAUAGGCAGCCGGGAGACGGCGUUCACCUACGCGGUGAGUGCGGCCGGGGUGGUCAACGCCAUGAGCCGUGCCUGUCGGGAGGGCGAGCUCUCCUCCUGUGGCUGCAGCAGAGCAGCGCGACCCAAGGACUUGCCCCGGGACUGGCUUUGGGGUGGCUGUGGGGAUAACAUCGAGUACGGAUACCGCUUCGCCAAGGAGUUUGUUGAUGCCCGGGAGCGUGAGAGAGUUUACCAGAGAGGCUCCUACGAGAGCGCCCGCAUCAUGAUGAACCUGCAUAACAACGAGGCCGGGAGAAGAACUGUGUACAACCUGGCUGAUGUUGCCUGUAAGUGCCACGGUGUCUCUGGUUCCUGCAGCCUGAAGACCUGUUGGCUGCAGCUCGCCGAUUUCCGCAAGGUAGGCGAUGCCCUGAAGGAGAAGUACGAUAGCGCUGCUGCCAUGAAACUCAACAGCCGGGGCAAGCUGGUGCAAGUGAACAGCCGCUUCAACGCACCCACCAUCCACGACCUGGUCUACAUUGAUCCCAGCCCUGACUACUGCGUGCGCAACGAGAGCACCGGGUCCCUGGGCACCCAGGGCCGCCUUUGCAAUAAGACCUCGGAGGGCAUGGACGGCUGUGAACUCAUGUGCUGUGGCCGUGGGUAUGACCAGUUCAAGACGGUGCAGCGAGAGCGCUGUCACUGCAAGUUCCACUGGUGCUGCUACGUGAAAUGCAAGUUGUGCACAGAGAUUGUGGACCAAUUUGUGUGCAAAUAGGGGACGGAUGAGGUGGGAGCAACUACAGCCACCUGCCAGCGAGGGGUGCAGGCCCCUCUCUCCCUUUCCACAGGACUAUCUCCACUUUAUUUAUAGAGUCCAGCGAGUUGUCGUCUUCUUUUAAAAAAAAUUUAAA